AUGAAGCUUUUUAAUGCACUUAUCGUAGCCACCCUCGCGGGGAAGGGAGGCAAGAAGAAGGCUGAGCGUGAAGCCGCCAAGGCCGCUGCCAAGGCUGCCGCCGAAGCUGCCGAAGCCGCUGCUGCUGCCGCCGCGGCUGCUGCUGCUGAAGCCGAGCGACUUGCUUUCGAGCCCGAGGAUGACCACAUCUACCCCGGUGGUAUCAUCCAGGUCGAUGCCUACGGUGACAACGAAGAACUCGAGUGGACCGUUCUUGCAAACGACGCUGAUUUUAACUCGCUCACCUUCCAGUUCACCGAGAUGAACAUUGACUGGCGAAAAGACGGUUGUGACGACUACGUCAAAAUUCAGCCAUACUCUGAAUUGGGCGAAGAGUUGACUCCAGCUAUCUUCUGCGGCCCCAACGGCCAGGAAACCCCAUUUAUGGUCAUGGAAGACCCCAUCUUCCCAUACCAGAAGGGACGUGGACAAAAGGGAUGGAACUUCCAGUGGGACACCUACGGUGCCCGAGCUAUCGUCACUUUCGUCUCUGAUGACGCUGGUAACGGCGGUAGCUUCACCCUCAAGGUCAACGAGGUGAAACGAGAGAACCCAUGCCGAACUCGAGCCGAUUGCAUCCACGUCGGAGACGAGAAGCACAUUUGCGACUUCAACGAACUCACCAAGGAGAAGGUCUGCACUGAAGUCGACUGCACCAACCACCGACACUGCAAGGACGGUUCCGGCCCAGACGGUAUCGUCGAGACUUGCCGAGACAACAAGUGCGGUAUUGUUGAAUGUACUUCCCGAGACCAUUGUGGAGAUCAACAGGUCUGUGAGAACACUGCUUGCGUUGAUGUCGAAUGCCGAAGCCACUCUCACUGCCCACGACAUGCUGAUGGCCGACCUCAGCGAUGUAACGCCACCAAGUGCGAGCCUGUUGAGUGCCUUGGCAAGAGCGAUUGCGGCGACACUGGCAUCUGUGACGCAAACGUAUGCACCAACCACGAAUGCCUCGGUCACGCUUCCUGCGAGGACGACUUCCCAGGCAAAUGUGCUGAUGGUAUCUGCAAGUGCGAGGGACGCAAGUGUAUUGUUAAGGAGUGCACCAAGCACGCUCACUGCCCCGAUGGCGGUCUUUGCGACAACAACCCUAACAACAACCCAACCUUCGAGUGCUACAACGAACACCCUGAUGGAGCCAAGACUUGCCGAUCGCACGCUCAGUGUGGUGCCAAGGCCAAAUGCGAGAACAAAAAGUGUGUCGCUGUCGAGUGCCGAACCAACGGUGAUUGCUUGGGCAAAACUGGAGCCAACGCCUGGCGAUGUGCUGACGAAUCUUUCCCUGAGGAAGAACAGAACAAGUGCUACGCCGUCGGAUGUAACAAGCACGACCAGUGCGGUUCCAAAUCUGUCUGCAUCGAUAACGAAUGUGUUCCAACUGAAUGCCGAACUAACGCUGAUUGCGAUGGAAACGCUCUUUGCGAUCGACCAGACAAAGCUGAUCCAACCAAGAACUCUUGCAAGCCUGUCGAUUGUGUUGGCCACAAGGCCUGUUUGACGCACAGCAAUGCUGAUUGCCAGGCCGGUAAAUGUCUCUGCCUCCAGAACCAGUGCAAGCCACAGACUUGUGUUACCUCUGCCCACUGUGGCGCCAAAGAGCGAUGCCACAACAACCAGUGCGUUGAAGCUCAAUGCUCCGGUCAUGGUCACUGUGCUGAGGCUAUCCCCGACGGAAAUGGUGGAUUCAAGCCAGCCAAGUGCUUCCCCAACUGUGAAACCAUCAAGGGCCGAAAGUACUGUCUUCCAGAGUGCCGAGCAGUUGAAUGCCGAGUCGAAGCUGAUUGCGACCCAAGUGUCCCAGAAAUUUGCGAUAAGAAAACCAAUACUUGCAAGAAGGUUGGAUGCCGAGGACACUCCUUCUGCCAAGACCAAGAACUUUGCCAAAACAACGAGUGUGUCUUGCAGGAGUGCACCACCAACGCCCACUGCGAUGCCAGCAACAGCGAGGUCUGCAAGGACAACAAGUGCGAAAAGGUUGGCUGCAUUGGUCACGCCGCUUGUGGAUACAAAGAACGAUGCAUCAACCACACUUGUGUUCCCCGAGAAUGUACCGACAACAGCCACUGCAAGGGUACUGGUGUCUUUGCCAAGUGCGACAAGAUCGCCGGUGUUUGCGAACCAGUCGAAUGCAUUGGUCACACUUCUUGCAACCGACUCAGCGAAACUGGCCUUGGUGAAGACUGCACUGAUGGCAAAUGCCUCUGCGUCAAGAACGAGUGCGUCAAGAAGCAGUGCCGAGUCAACGCCCACUGUGGCUCGAGAGAGCGAUGCCAAGCCAAUGUUUGCCAGGCUGUCGAUUGUACUGAUCACGCUCACUGUGGUGCCCAGGAAGUUUGCAAAGAGAAUGUCUGUAUUGAUGUUGAGUGCCGAACCCGAGAACAUUGCGGAGACAAGCAAGUUUGCGGCGGCGAAGAUAACGGCAACAAGUGCAAGAAUGUUGAUUGCAUUGGCCAUGCUGACUGCGAGAACUUUGGUUCUGAGGACGAGUCCUACAUCUGCUCCAAGAACAGCUGCGUACCAGUCGAGUGCCGAACUAACGAAGAUUGCGGAAGCAACUCUCUCUGCCAGGACAACCUCUGCAAGAGCGUCGACUGCGACUCCCACGCCGUCUGCGAGUCGAAAUACGACGAUACCUACCGAUGCUACAAGAACACCUGCGUCCAAGAAGAGUGCCGAAACAAUUCUCACUGCAACGUUGAUGAGCUUUGCGACCGACAGUCGCUCACUUGCAAGAAGGUCGAAUGCCGAGGCCAUCAAAUGUGCCAAGACAACGGCGUCGUUGGCUGUGAAGAUGGACACUGUCUAUGCAAAUCUAACGAAUGCGAGGUCCAGGAAUGCCGAACUAAUGCUCACUGUGGUGUUCAAGAACGAUGUCAAGAAAACCGAUGCGUGCCAGUCGCCUGCACCUCUCACGAUCACUGCCUCAACUCUGUGAUUCCUGGUUGCGCCGAUGGCAAGUGCCGAUGUGAAGCCAACGAGUGCGUUGCCGUUGCCUGCCGAACUGCCAACCAUUGCGAUGCUGAUACCCAGAUCUGCUCUGGCGAAAACCCAGAAGAAGGCGAGCCAAACGUUUGCAUCGACGUCGAAUGCAAAUCCCACACAGCUUGUGGCCCACAGAACAACUGCAUUGACUUCAAAUGUGUCUCAGUUCAGUGCACCGACGAGUCCCACUGCGGCCCCAAGGAACUUUGCCGAAAGUCCAAAUGCGAAGAAGUCGAGUGCCGAAGCCACGCCCACUGCGAAGGUUUCUUCCAGGACACUGGUCUUGAUGGAUACAAAUGUGUCAAACAGCAAUGCGUCAACGUCGAAUGUACCAACAACGACAUGUGCGGAGACGAUAAGCUUUGCGACAAGGCCACCAACACUUGCUACGAACCACAAUGUAUCGGACAUCAAUCCUGCCAAUCCAAGGGUGUUCCUGGUUGUGAAAACGGCCACUGCACUUGCAUCGGAAACAAUUGCAUUGCCAACCAGUGCCGAACCAACGACCACUGCGGCUGGCCCAACCAGGCCCGACUUUGCCGAAACCUCGAGUGCGUCGAUGUCGGAUGUACCACCCACGACCACUGCAAGAACGCCGCUGGCGGAGGACCAACCUCUUAUUGCCAGGGUAACGAGUGCGUCCACGGCUCCGAGUGUCUCGUCACUUCUGACUGCCCAGCUGACGAGCCAUACGUCUGCAACUCUACUACCAAGAAGUGCGAUUCGGUCGAAUGUAACCGAAACACCGAUUGCUUGAACGACAGCGCCAUCUGCGUCGGCACCAAGUGCAUCGAGCAAGAAUGCAGAACCAGCGUCAACUGCCCCGCUGGCCAGAUUUGCGUCGAUAACAUCUGCAUCGAGUAA